GCGACUGAAUUGCUUUCCAGUACCAGGGUAUUUAGUCAAGCAGAUUGUGUUUCUUUAAACCCCGUGAUGAUCUCUCUUGACGGCGUUUGGUGAAGUGGCUCGAGGGACCGCAGCAUCACACAAACAGAGACAUGAGCAUGCAUACAAACCACGUCUUAACAAGAUGGGAUACAGCCCUGCCGGGAUCAUGAAUUACUGCGCUGUUGAAUGAAGAAUCGGCGGUGCUGGAAUAAGUGAUACCUCUUUCUUCUUUCCACAAACCAUGGGGAGUGCAGAGGAAAUGCACGGAUGGUCAGUAAAAAUGAGCAUAUCCAGCGUUUUGGCCAUGGUGACGGUCUUUUCUAUGAUUCCUGGCUGGGUGCUGAGUGAUAUAAGAGGUACUAAGGGCCUGGAAGCCCAACAAAUGGCCCAGGGGUCCACUCAUCUGCACCGUCGCCUGAAGAGAGGCUGGAUCUGGAAGCAGCUGUUUGUCCCCGAGGAAGAUCCCACUCUGAGAGUUAUUGGCCAGCUGAAGUCUGACUCUGACCGAGGCGAGUUUUCCAUCAAGUACAUACUUUCAGGAGAAGGAGCCGGCGAUGUCUUUGAGAUAGAUGAGUAUUCUGGGGAGAUUCGAACACUGAAAAAGCUCGACCGAGAGGAAAAGGCUUUCUAUGUCCUUCAAGCUCAGGCUAUCAACAGGAGGUCCAAUGAGCCAGAGGAACCCCAGUCUGAGUUCAUCAUCAAGGUGCAGGACAUCAAUGACAAUGUGCCCCAGUUCCAAAAUGAACCGUAUGUGUCCAGCAUUCCUGAGAUGUGUCCAACCGGGACCACAGUGGCCCAGGUGACAGCCACAGAUGCUGAUGAUCCGAUGUUUGGAAACAAUGCCAAGCUCAUCUACUCCAUCCUGCAGGGGGAGCCCUACUUCUCUGUGGAGCCAAAGACAGGGAUUAUUGUAACAUCCUGGCCAAACAUGGACCGCGAGGCCAGAGAGGAGUACCAGGUGGUGGUUCAGGUGAAGGAUAUGCUGGGCAUGAGCGGCGGCCACUCCUCCUCCACCACCGUCACCGUCAGCCUCACUGAUGUCAACGACAACGGGCCCACAUUCCAGCACCACUUGUACACCUUCGCCGUCCCUGAAAGUGCAGCCAUGGGCACCACAGUGGGCAGAAUUAUGGCAGCGGAUGGAGACACUGGCAUCAAUGCCAGAAUGACCUACAGCCUGGAGGAUGACCUGGAGGAGAGCUCAACGUUUAUCAUCCAAACAGACCCGGUGACACAGGAGGGAGUGGUUCUGCUCGCCAAGCCACUGGACUAUGAAACUAAAAGACGUUUCGUCAUGGCAGCAGAGGCCGUCAACGAUCACGUGGAUACCCGCUAUCUGCCUUUGGAGGAGUUCACCGACAGGACGACGCUCAAGAUCGUCGUGGAGGACGUGGAUGAGCCGCCUGUCUUCAUCUCGCCGCAUUAUGAGUGGAAAGUUCCUGAAAAUGCAGCUGUGGGAAGCGUGGUUGGCAGCGUCAGUGCUAGAGACACUGACACAGUCAACAAUCCCAUCAGAUAUUCAAUUGACAAAAGGAGCGAUUCAACAAAGGCUUUCAAAAUAGACCCAAACAAUGGAACCAUAACUGUCGCUAAAGCGUUGGACCGAGAGACUUCAGACUGGCACAAUGUCACCAUUGAAGCCAAAGAAACAAGCUGGUGCAGAUCACGAUUAAAUUGCUCAGCAGUUAGCCUCCAUCAUCAUCAUCAUAGCCUACAACUGAGCCUUUCGCAGAACCAUUUAUCCUCCUCGCUGGUGGUGUUCAUCAAAGUGCUGGACAUAAACGACAACGUGCCAAGGCUUGCGAGAGAUUACCAGCCAUAUAUCUGUGAGGGGACACAGGCGGGAGAACUCAUUCAGCUGCUGAAUGCUGUUGAUCCAGACGACCCUGCGGAGGGACACCACUUCUACUUCUCUAUGGUCCCCGAGAAGCACAUCAAUCCAAACUUCACCAUCCGAGAUAAUCAAGACAACACAGCUGGGAUUGUUGCGCGCAGGAGCACAUUCACCCGUAAGGAUCGAACGCAGUACCUCCUUCCUGUUGUGGUGGCAGACAGUGGAUCUCCGGCUCUCUCCAGCACCACCACCUUAACCAUCAGCGUGUGCAGCUGCCAGCCGGCCGGACACUGUCCCACAGGAGGGGUGGAGGCCCUCGCCCUGUCUAUCGGGGUCAGCCUGCAAACCUUGUUAGGACUCCUGGUCUGCCUGGUCACACUCACAGUGCUGUCGGUUCUAAUGCUGAUGCUGAGGAGACACAGGCGGAAGCAGCAGGAGGGCCUGGAGGUGGAGGUGAAGGAGCUGGAGCUGCCGGAGACGGUGUCACAGAAGGUGCUGUAUUACGGAGAGUUAGGUGGAGGGGGAGCAGACCUGGACUUCUGCCAGCCUGUCGUACCGCUGCGCCCCCACCCCAGGAGGAAGGAGAGGAAACUGAGGAGGGAGGACGUCAGAGCCAGCAUACGGAUGUCCCUCCGAGAGUCGCACCUCAUCGGGCCAGAGGACGAGGUCUUCAGGCAGUUUAUCCUGGACAGGCUGGCGGAGGCAGAUGAGGAUCCCUACGUUCCCCCGUUUGACUGCCUGAGGACCUACGCUUAUGAGGGAUCAGGGUCUCCCACGGGGUCCCUGAGCUCGCUGGAUUCUUUGGAGAUUUUCCCAGAGCAACCAGUUCGUACUCCCAGACCUUACGUGGUAAAACUCACCCCUUGGUACGGCACAGGAGAGGAGGAUACUGUCUUCUAAAAAGGGGGUUUCUUUCUGCAUUGCUGUUCUUUCUGAGACAGUCUGGUUGCAGACUCAACAUCUUUGACGGCCACGCUCACAGACCGCCCCUCUGGGACGCCGUCUCUUUCGUAACUGAAGCGCGGUAGUUUGCUUGACGUUUUGACGUUAAACUUUUUUUCAUAAACAAAGUCUGGCUGUCAAAUUCAUGAAAUAACUCUAUCACAAACAUAACAGACUAAGCAACAUCUCAAGUUUAAUACGGGAUAAAAUUAUGGAUAGACCUGCUCUAGAAGUAGUUACACAAACUUUCACUUUGUUAGCGUUAGCUAAAACUAAAAUAGCUACACUGGCUAUGAAAUUAAUUUUACUACUUCAGCCAUUGAACCGAAGUAAGCUACAUAGCUACAUAGAGAACAUAGAGAUGUAGUUUUAGUAGCUGCUUUGUGAUCUUAGCUUAAGCUAUAUUACUAUAAAUAUGUAGAGAACAUAGCUAUGUAGCUUAUGCAGCUACUUUGUGAUCUUGGCUUUGGCUGCAUUACUGAAUCUAUGUAAAGAACAUAGCUAUGUAGCUUAUAUACUUUCCUUGAGAGCAUACUUUAACUAUGUUACUUGAGCUACGUGGAGAACAUAGCUAUGUAGCUUACGUAGCUGCUUUGAGCACUUUUAUUUAGCUGUGUUAUUUUAUCUAUGUAGAGUACGUAGCUAUGUAGCCUACCCAGCUGCUUUAAGAGCUUAGUUUUAACUACAUUUCUUAAACUAUGUUUAGAAAGCUUACGUAGCUACUUUGUGAUCUUAGCUUUGGCUAAAUCACUUCUAUCACUAUGUAGAGAACAUAGCUACAUAGCUUAUGUAGCUCCUUUGAGAGCUUAGUUUCAGCUACGUUACUUGAUCUACGUGGAGAACCUAGCUUUGUAGCUUACAUAGCUUCACUGAGAGCCUAGAUUUAGCUGUGUUACUUUAGCUAUGUAGAGAACAUAGCUAUAUAGCCUACCCAGCUGCUUUGAGGGCUUAGUUUUAUCUACAUUACUUUAGCAAUGUAGAGAACAUAGCUAUGUAGCUUACAUAACUACUUUUUGCUCUUAGAUUUAGCUACAUUACUUUAGGUACAUAAAGAAUAAAACUUAUGUAGCUGCUUUGAAAGCUUAGUUUUUGCUAGUUUGCUUGCUCUACAAAGAGAUCUUGGCUAUGUAGCUUACGUAGUAACUUUGUGAUCUUAGCUUUAGCUAUAUCACUUUACCUCUGUAAAGUGAUCUUAGCUAUGUAGCUUAUGUUGCUGCUUUAGCUACAAUACUUUAGCUAUGUAGAGAACAUAGCUACAUGGCUUACACGGCUCAUUUAGCUACAUAAGCUUCAUCUGCUGUGUAACAAUGGUUUUAUGGAGGCUUUUUUCCUGUAAGCAGACUGUUCACUAAGCUUUAUUAGACAUUUGUAAUCAGGUUCGGCGGGUCAGGUUUGAACUUGUGGUUACCUUGACCCUUAGCCUAACCCUAAACAGAAGGUUAAUGCAUGUUUAUUAUGAGGCUUUCAGAGUAUUUUCGCUCUGAAAGAGACGCCGUCUCUGAUUAAAGUCUGUGAGAGGGGCUGUCAGAGAUGUAUGGUCUGCAGCCAGACCCUCCUUGUUCUUUCUUGUAGCUGUUUUACCUUCAUUCAGUCUUCAUGCUAAGCUAAGCUAACUGGCAGCAGGCUGUAUCUUCAUAUUUAUUGUACAGACAAAUGAGGGCUAUCAGCGUCUUAAUGCUACUCGGCAAGACGACAGUACAUUCGACAGAGUGCUGAACUAUUCCUUUAACAGUGAAAUCAACAAUGAUAUAAUGUCAUGUAUUCCUUUAAAUGCCAUUUUUACUCUAUUUAAACUAUAAAUAUAUAAUUUUAUUCCAAUUUGCUUAUAACCUUUUGAGCUGAAAGAUUAUUUUUGAA